UUUCAGACAAAAUGAGCGACGAGGAGCAAAGAAUAGCAGAAAUUGAGUCAUUGGCAUCGAUUUUUCCGGAUUUAUUAGAAGAAACAACUGAUAAACAGCUGGUUUUUAAAUUCGAUAGGGAUAUUGGAAUGACAAUUAAUCUGCCAGAGGAUUAUCCUUCGAUAUCUCCGCCAAUUUUCGAACUAAGUGGUCCAUAUCUCCGUCGGGAGCAGAAAGAGGUGCUUCACAACAGUCUAAAUGACGUUUAUAUCGAAAAUAUCGGAUUUCCAGUGAUUUUCAAUUGGAUAUCCCUUGUUCAAGACUUUAUUCGGUUUUAGGAUCUUCCCGAAGAAGUAGCGGAGCCCAGCCAUGUGGCCGAUGACGUGGUGACACCGAUGGCCGAGGAAAUCGAUGAUAUGAAUAUUCGACACGGAGAAGUGCUUACAGACCGGAAAAGUGCAUUUCAGGCUCAUUUGGCCGAGGUUCGGAGUAAGGAAGAUGUGGAUCGAGUGAUGCGAAUCCUUAAAUCGAAUACAAAAAUCUGCCGGGCAACACAUAAUAUUACAGCAUAUCGAUAUAUGACUGAAAUCAAUGGAAAACCAAUUCAUCAUCAUGAUUGUGUGGAUGAUGGGGAAUUUGGAGCAAGUUCGAAAAUGUUAGAGCUCAUGGAUCGAAUGAAAGCGGAUAAUGUGAUGGUCGUCGUUUCACGUUGGUACGGUGGAAUUCAUCUUGGACCCGAUCGUUUUCGACAUAUUAAUAAUUUAACUCGGCAAAUUUUAAGUGAUAAUAAUUAUGGACCGAAGAAGUCUUAAAAUUCUAUAUUUUUUAACGUGAUAAUUUUUUUUUCUUCAAUUUUAAACUCCCUACGUGUGCUUUUAAUAUUAUUAAUCCAACAACUCUUUCAAAUUGUAAUCAUUUUCAUUUAUUUUUCAAAACAUUGGUCACUUUAUACUAAUAAAUAGUUUUUCAAUCAAAUA